AUGGGAAAGCGUGCUAUCAAACGCCCUGCUGCCGCCUCCGCGCCGAAGAAGCGGCCUGCGAGCGCUUUCAGGCCGUUCCCCUUGCGCAAGAGGGGCAAGGACAAGAUGGGCCAACGCAGGAAGCAAGCGAAGAAGGUCGAGUACGUGCGCCACGGGAAGAAGACCGUGAAAUCCCGCAAGGAGCGCGAAACCUGGUGCCGCAACUACGACAGCUUCCACGGGAAAACUGCGGACCAGAUGGUAGACCUGCUCCUCGAGGAUGGCGUCCUGUUUGGCUGGGAAGGCCGCGCCUGCCCUCACUGCGGCGUCGGAACCUGCGGCGCGCGGGUGCACGAUGACAAUCGCGGCCCGCAUUGGCGAUGCAACAGCGGUAGGCUGCGCGGCAAGACCGUCAACCCGUGCACCGCCCACCCCGUCUUCAAGUCUGGCGGGGGUUGCCAAUCGUCGAGUUUGUCGACGAAGGCCAAGGUCCUCUUCUGCCUCACGCUCGGCAUGACCACCGCCCAGAUACACUUGCUGGCAGGUGCCAACCACAAGAUGAUGGAGGACAUGAGCGCGGCCGUGGCAGCCGCGCGGCAGAUCUACGUGGAAAAGAACGAACCCAACAUUGUCUUCGGCGACGAAGCUCAGCGGCGCUGGUUCGACGUGGAGGCGGAUGAGUCGGUCUUCCGCGCCCAGCUGUCCGACGACGGCCGUUCCAAGACGUGGGAACAGUGGGCGGGCGUCGUCGAGCGCGGGCGCCCUGAUAGCCUCGUUCUGUGGAAGACCCAGUCAGACGGCACCGAGGCCAACGCGCCAGGCCCAGGCGCCAUCAAGAAGACGGAUUGGGCGCCGUUCCUCCAAAGCCGCUUAGAGAAAAGGAAGGUCACCUUGCACUCUGACGGGGCCCGCAGCUACAAGAUGCGCGCGUCGGGGCUCGUGCACGACCACGUCGUGCACUGCGAGAAGCGGAAGAAGAUCGGCAGGAAGUGGGUCUGGUUGAAGCCAGUCCACUCGAAGGUUGUCACCCACAAGUUGCCCGACGGCUCCAAGAUCAGGGUAAAGGCAGGGACGCAGAUCACCGACCGCGCCUGGAGGUCCAUCAGAACCCUCAUUGGCACGCGCACGGACCUCCCAGGCAGCAGGCGUAUCGCGGCUUCGGUUCGCUCGGCCCAGUUCGAGUACUGGAACAAGGGCAAGGAUAUGUGGGCGGCCACCGCGGAUGCCAUCUGGGAGGUGCAGCCGCUGGGACAGGUUGCGUACGACGCCGAGGGAGACGGCAAGCUCACCUUUGAGGAGGCGUCGUUGAUGGUCAGCGGUAGCAAGUUAGACUACCACCCCUCGAAGUGCGUCAAGAAAUUGGUCGCUUUCGCCGACAUGGCAUCCAACUACGAGGGCCCGAUUGACUUCGACAAGGUGCACGAGUUGCGCGCACUGGGUAGGUUCAAGGACUUGCAGGAGCCGCUGUCGCUCAAGCAGGAGCCCGUCGUCCCGCACACGAUGCAGAUCUUCAUCGUUCGCCAGAAGCCAGAGGACAGCGAGUGUUCGGCAUACCGCAUCCUCAAGGUUGUUUCUUUCGAUAAAAACAGAGUCGAUUCUGCGACCAUCCUCAAGUGUGCUCGCGGAGAGGCCCACAAAAUCGACUACGGCAAAAACGUUCGGGCGGGGUCGAUUGCGUUCCAGUUCAUGCUGGAGAAGCUCGAUGGCUAUCAAAUGCGGUACUUCACGAUCAAGCCGCAGCGCGAGCGGAAGCAGCCGCUAGAGGAGGACGAGCGCGCGCAGGGUUACACGUUCAUCCGUGAACACGGCCCCCGCAGCAAUAACAGAAACCAAUUCAUGGAAUGGGCUGACGCAGGGGUCAACAGGGAGGGUUCGAAGAUAUUCGGAUGGCCUGCGUCCAAGGUGGAGACUGCGCUGCGCAAUUACCAGAAGGGCAGGACGAAUGCCAAACCGAUCUCGCGCUGGAGUUUGACGCUGAAGGACUUCUCUGGCUGGUUCCUCAAUGGCGUCCUCCGCCUGAUGAUUGGCACGCUCCACACGCACGGGGUGAUGUGGGUCGGGAAGUCCAGAGUUGGCAAGAGCAACGGUUCGAAGACGCCUGCUUGGGUUCAUUCGGCGUACAGCAUACAGAAGAAGGGCACCGCCGAUGAGAUCGCUUUCCUGACGGUGAAGCAUAUGGAUUUCUUCAUGGGCGAGCCGACGACGGAGAUCCUCCCUGGCAUUUUCGACGACGGCCUGCUUCAGAAGGUAUCCGCUGAUGUGCUCAAGGCUUUCUUGAACCCCAAGAAAGAGGACGCUCUGCUGUGGGCUCGGUGGGGCGGAUGCGCUUUCGAGCAAGGGUCGCGCAGACAGGCCGUCGCGAACGCCUGCGACCGCGACGCGGAGAAGGCGGCGCUGGAUGCCGCGACGCUAAACAAGCACGGCCUCGACCUGCUCAAGCGUAUCAUCGCGCCGUCUCUGGAGGAUGUCAGGACAGAGGAGGACUUCAACGCCAUCCUCGCCAGGGCGCGCGUCAUCGCGGUGACGGACCUCGGCGUGCAUUGGCGCGUGGCAUCCGCCAACCUGCAGGACGGUGCAGAGUUCAUGCCGUGGCCCAGCCCCAGGAGCCCCGACCUCUUCGUCAGCGAAGUGCGGGACGCGACGUCGCCAGCCAUCCGCCCGCUCCCCUCAGACUACGCCGAAAAGAUGGCUCGGUCGAUUGGGUGCAUGAGCAAUGUGGUCGCGGGCCUUGACGUGCCCACUAUUGCGACUGUCCAUGUUGCUCCUAUCUUCGGCGAUGGCCCUGCGCGCGUUGUCUCCGCUGUCGGCAACGUUUCAGGGUUCGUUCCAGGCGCGGCCAGCGCUCCGCCAGCCGCCGCGGCCGCUUCGGCGUUUUCCCAGCCGCCAGCCGAGUUGUCCCAGGAGGAGGACGCGUUCGGCUUCGGCGGCGGAAUGGACGAACCGCCAGAAGACAGCUCGCGCGCCGCCAGCUCCGCGCAGCCCAACAUCGCUGGGCGUUGCGGCGAGCUCACCACGGAGGACCAGGACGAGCAGCUCGCGAUUUUCAAGAGCCUCGCCAAGGCGCACCACGGUGCGUUCGAGGACUUGUCCUCGCCUCCGCCAGUGAAGAGGGCGAGGGGGCUCAUGAUGGGCUGCGGUGGUCCGCUGUCACCCGUGGAUGCCGAUGAGCAGAGGGCGAUCUGCGCUUCCAUUGCCGCCUCGACCCACGGUGAAACGAUCGAUGUCGAGGAUGGCGACGGUCUGUCGGCAGAGCUCGCGCGCGCUUGA